GUGGCCGUGUCCAUUGCACGCACAUCGACGCAAUGGGCUUUCAUUGUAUCCAGACGUUUGCACUCGUCUCCCGUGAAAUCAGAACAAAACAUAGGCUGUCGUCCUCUCAUCCUGUCUCUCUGCCCGUCUUGUCAGCGUCGUGCGUGUGUGUAUGUCUCACAUAAUUCCCUUGUCCGUGUGCUUCCCCUGAACCAUUUGUCCGGGAGGGCCUUCGGUGUUUUGGCCCUCAUUCGUCCUUUGCCGCUUCGGAUGCCUUCUUUUUGCCCAGCACGACGGACUUCGGAUCCUGGGAAGAAGGCUGCUGCUCCUCGCACUUGGGGUCGUCGAUCUCGAGUGUGCGACGGUCCUUCUUUUCCAUCAGCUUCUGCCAGUCGCCAGCAGUUGUCACCCCGUCGGCUGCAGUGCAUGACACAUGACACGCCGACAGAAAUGGUUAAUCCGCAGACUGGGGCAUCCUGCUUCAUAUCUGUGGACUGACCGAGCACUGUAGUCACGUCGUACAUCUCUGCGAACAGCUCAUCGACGUCAAACUGUGCCUGCCUGCAGAUCUUGAACUGCAUGCACAUCAAGGGCAGCAUGUAUGUGUGAAUGGGUAAGGGAUGUCUCACUGUGUCUCCUUCACAUACGUAGUUGGGCACUGGGUAGGCCUCGGACGGAUCCUUGACAAUGCACUCCUUUCCGGGUGGCACAACCAGCGCGUAAGCGACCUCAAAGCGUGUCUGCAGUAACUCUUCUUCACUGGCAUCCUUCGCAGCACUGCAUCACGACGCACACACACAUACACACGCACACACGCGGAAUGUCUACGGAUACAUACACCAAAGACAUGACAUACCCCCAUGGGAUGUACGCCAAGGGCACCAAAUUAUAGCCGCUUUCGCGGCACCUCACUUUCUUUAUCGUCUCAUCCUUCAAGUCGUAGACAACGCCGGUCAGAAGGGGGAAGGUGCCUCGCGCCGCGGACAAUUUUUUGUACUUAUAAUGUGGGAAGUUCUCUAUGUUGAGCACAGCGACAGCCGUCUCGACGCAGGGGUCCUUGUGCGUGAACUUGUAGGAGCCCAGCACACCACCCGUCACCAGCUCGAACAAAGCAGCGUCGUCCUCGACCGCUCCACUCAAGUACUCGUUUGUCAGCUUUCUCUUCAUCUCACCGCGACAUGUCUUAAAGGUCGACAAGCAGCAUAUCAGGCUGCUGACUCACCUGCCUGUUACUCAAUACGGCGCUGACCUUGAAGGCGUAAUUGAAAAUUCGACGAGCGCCGAAUGCCACGGCCGGGCGUGCCGUGGCAACUUCCUCAGGCUAUCACAAAUCAUGACAAAUGCAACUCCGUUUUGCAAACUGCGUGUUGCCUUCCUUCUACUGUUCGAGCACCGUGAAAGAGCGUAGAGCCGACUGAGUUGAGGCCAGGGAGUCAAAGCCGAUGAUGGGAAGUGUCGGGCGCUGCCCUCGUGAAAAGAUGGGCAUCGUUGUAUUGUCGACUUCCUUUCGGAGCCACUUCUCCACUUCUGGCAAGUACACACAUGUGGCCCUCUCCUGUUUCUGCGUGCCUGCUCACCUAGACACGGAUAGUGGAAGGCUUUAUUUUUCUUGAGCUGCUUCACUAUGUUGUCCCUCUUGGCGGCGAAGUACUUGUCAAGGCGGUGCCACAGGGUCUCAAGCUUCGGCGCGUCUAAGACAUAGCCAUGGUGCAUGCAUCUCUUGGUUUGGCCGCUUGAUUGCGACAUGCAGCAGCUGUGCCUGACCUGACUGCUCAAGGGCACGAUGCGGAUGCUGCCAGUGGGCAUUCACUGGAGUCCCGGCAAGGAAGUCGGCGCCGCACACCGUCGCCAAGAAGACGACGACCAGCAUAUUCUUGAGCGACAGCAUUCUGAGGGGAGAAGGAUGCUUAAAGGACGGAACCGCUUGCCUUGAAAGCACCCACGG